AUGUCUUCCGCCGUGGCCUCUGAGGCUCCCGAAAAGACCCCCGAUGACUCUUCUAAGUUGAAGACGUUCCUGUCCAUCCUCCGAAGAUUUGUCGGAGUGACGGAUAUAGCGUCCGUUCGCUUCUCAUUGCCUGCGCAUCUCCUGGAGCCGAUGCCCAACCUGGAGUACUGGAAUUAUUUGGAUAGACCGGAGACCUUUGCAAGCAUUGGUAAAUCAGACGAUCCGCUGGGACGGAUGCUGGAAAUUCUGAGGUUUUGGUUCACCAAGGAUCUGAAAUACAUCAAGGGCAAGCCCUGCAAACCGUAUAACUCUACGCUGGGUGAAUUUUUCAGAUGUAGCUGGGAACUUGAUGACCUCCCCCCGGCGGUCUCAGCACCUUCGAAGUCGGACCCAGCCAGCGGAGGUUCCACCAAGACGGACGAUAAGAACGGAGCGGUCAAGGUAUGUUACUUGACCGAACAAACUUCUCACCACCCGCCAGUGUCUGCUUUUUUCAUCGACUGCGAGGAACGAGGCGUCUCCGCCCGCGGCUUCGACCAAAUAAGCGCCAAAUUCACAGGCACGAGCAUUCGCGUGGCGCCGGGGCAGCACAAUCUCGGCAUCUUUGUCAACAUCGCCAAGCGAGACAAUGAAGAAUACCAGCUCACCCACCCCGAUGCGCAUCUUGGAGGGUUGUUGAGAGGCGCGCUCGCCAUCACAGUUUCCGACACAUGUUACAUCACAUGCCCCAAGACCCGGAUCAAGGUCAUCCUACAGUACCUGGAGGAAGGUUGGAUUGGCCGGGCUCAGAACAAGGUCGAGGGCGUGAUCUUCCGCUACAACCCGGACAAAGAUUCCACGACGAGAAUCAAGGAUGUGCCGGAGGGAGAUCUUCUUGCCAAAAUCAGCGGGUCCUGGCAUGGGCAAGUUUUCUACACUCUGGCGGGGACCAACGAGCCUCGACUGUUAAUUGACAUCGGGCCCCUGUUCCCCAUCCCCAAGGUAGUGCCCUCCGACGACGAACAACUGUCCAACGAGUCCCGCAAGUUCUGGUCGGGGGUCACGGAGGCCAUCCUCGACAAAAGAUACGGCCAAGCCACCCGACUCAAGCAAGAGAUUGAGGAGCGGCAACGUCAGAAGGCCGCUGAACGACAGGCUAAAAACGAGACCUGGCAGCCUCGCUUUUUCACCGGAGCCGUCACACCAUUGGGUAGACCUGAGUUGACCGAAGAAGGGCAGAAGGCCCUCGAGGGGCUCCGUCGUGGAAAGUACAGUUUGGAAGAAAGUGAAUCCAAGGGUGCAUAG